AUGCCGGAACAGCCCUCACCAGCACUAGCGAGUGGCGAAGCCGUGUACGGUCGCAUCUCUGCGAUCUUCCCGACAAUGUGCCACGUGGUGGUGAAGCGAUCUACUCUCGCAAGACCUGAGACGCUCGAGAUUCCAGCCACGAGCACGCCCCUCUGGAUUGUCGAUCCGGACGAGUACCACGAGAUGCCGCUCGGUAUCUACUUGCGUCGUUCAGUGGUCAUCAACGAGGUGGGAGCAGCCAUGACGUACGGGCAAGUCGUCGGAUACAAUGCGCAGCAUCAUGAGCUGUCCGUCAACUCCCAGUACGGUGUCCUCCAUGUGCGCUUCGAGCUCUGCCGGCUUGUGCAUCCACUACUCGCGAUGCUGCUCUGGAACACCGCGUAUGCGUGCACUGAGAACGCUAUCGCGACGAUGAAGGACUUGGAGCAGAUCAUGCUCCAGCGUGUCUUCGGUAACCUCCAGGAGCGCGUAGAUGCCACCAUGUCGAUUGGUGAUGUACUCGCGAACGUGAAAACCACCGUCGACGACGUCAACCCCAAUCGAACCGUCUCGUGGUGCUCGCCGUACACUGGGGUCAUCCAAGCGUGCCGGGUUCAGCACGCGGUGAGGUUCGUUUUUGCCGAGAACAACCCGCUGGACCAAGAACGGCGACGCAGUCUCGAGGCGACGAUGUUUGAUGAUCCACAGUUUCGCGAGGUCGACAACGAGCGUCCCGUCCCGCGGGGAGAAGUCGACUUUAUGGACCCGAACAUGCCGUAUCGACCCGAGCAGCUUGUCCCUGCAGCCGUGGCUGUGCAGCAGGCGACUUUGCAAGGGCUCCACAACCGUUUGGUCAACGAUCCACCAGCGCGCAUGCUUCCGGUCGAUGCGAUCGGUUUGAACGAGCGACUUGCCUCGAACUUGCUCUCGGAUCUUCUCGGCGACACACCGCGCAAUGUGUUCAAGCCGGGCAAGUACGGCUACGACCCAAGCCCCGACGACAUUUUGCUCUUCCGGGCCAUGUUCGGUCCCGAGCAUCAUGGUAAGCAGCCGAACAAGUUUGCCAAGCAGAUUCAGCGCGCACCGGACUUGCGUUUUGCAGCCUACCCGGGUCUCGUGACACGACUGCUCAGCACCGAGUUCGGCGCGGGCAAUUUGUCCAUCGCUCAUUUUUUGCCGAUGAGUGAUGAAGCCAUCGACAAGCUGUUGACCGCGUCCGCGACGAACAUGAUCAACUUUGGUGUGAACGCGCCGCUGCCGCGCGCUUCGAUGGUAACCUCGAUCGAGGACCUCGAGGCCAGCGUGGUCAACUUGCAGCGUUUUUAUGCUACCUACGGUUCUUUUGUGUCUCAGUCGUUUGUGGCACAAGUUUACUCGUUCGUCAACACGGCGCGAUUCACGAUGUGCUUCUCAGCCGGGCACUUGAAGGCGCUCGUCAAAUGGGUCGAUCUCUGCUUCCAGCGCUUCAAUACGGAGCUCUCGCAAGACGUGCAAGAGCAUGACGUCGACGUCAACGGAAAGCGACAUCUUGAAGUCUCAAAGUACCUCUCGCUGACACACCCCGAUAUCACGGUGAUGUUCAGCAAUGAGACUACCAAGAUCAUGCUGAAGGAAGCCCGCAAUCUCGAUGCGGAUGGGAAGGCGCCGCCCAAGAAGCGCAAGAAGGCAGCCACUGCGAGCGGCGCUGGCAGCAAGGAUGCAAAGCACGUGAAGAAGGAAGAGACGUCCGUUCCGCAGUGGAAGCGCGAGGUGCCUACACACAACGGACGUCCAGUGUGUCUGCGCCAUCUGAGCGUCAACGGAUGCGAUUCCAAGAGCAACAAGAAGUGCGUUUUCGAUACGAUGGUCCAUCACGUACCAAAGCGCAACGCGUUGACACCAGGCGUGCUCUCGGCCAUACAGAGACUCUGGGGUGGCGUCUCGAGCAAGUACCCGCAUCUGCGUGAGUGA